AUGAACACCAUUUUUUAAUACUGUUUUCUCUAUAAUUGUUUUUUUCUUAAAUACAAGAAUUUUUAUAAUCAAAAUAGAAAGUGUUUUCAAAUAUUUUUGUCUAUUGAACACUCUUUUUAAAAACGAUAUACAUUUUUUAAAUGUUUCUCAUUUUUCUCCAAUAAAAUCAUUAUUUUGAUUAUCAUAAACAAAAUAAAAAAUGGAGUCAAAAUAUGCAUUGUUGAAUGCUUUGAACCUGUCUGUCUGGAAGUUUCGAAAUAAAUUUUCUCCUGUGUAUGAAUAUGAGUAUAAUAGUGAAGGAGAAGUACUGAACGAUUACACCCCUAUAGAAUGGACUUCUGAUGCCAUUAAAAGUCUUAUUAUUUCUAGUAUUUGCGGAGCUUUUCUCGGUGUAAUUGUAUCUAUAUGUGUCAAUACAGUUUUAAUUGAAAUACCUGCUAGCCCUUCAUUCACUUCCUAUUUUGCAUGUUUAUUUAUUAUAUUUGGAUUUCUUGUUUUAUGGAAAACUUUGUCUGUCAGCACCACCACCAGUGGUGCUGAAGAUCCUUAUGCUACUCCACGUCGUCAUCUCAUUGUAUUUUCAAUUAUGAAUAUACUCACCGGAUUUUUUUGCUUUACAUUAAAACGUACGUCUUUGAUAUACUUAGCAUCACCCUUACGAUUCCUGGCUUAUGGGUUUUUGGGGAUGUCGACUGCUUUCGCAUUAACUUAUGCAUUGCUUGACCUUAUCAAUUUCAUGGUCGGUUUUUUUAGACCAGAAAUAUCUAACUCAUUAGUUGAGUCAUUCCUUCAGAUAUAUGUGAUCAUUAUAUCCUCAUUACUUUAUGGAUUUAUAUUUGGAAUUUUAUUUUGUUUACGAGAUGUCAGUAAAAUAAUUUCUUAUAAAGAAAUAUUGGAUCAUCCAACAACAGAUUCAAAGAUUUUCUAUUUAAAAUUUAUUGAUGAUAGCCUAUGUUUUGUAAUAGGAAUUCUUUGUGGGGGAUUGAUAGGGCUUGCUAAUGAGUAUAUUGCAAGAGUUGAAGCCUCUUAUAACAAAUUAGAUCAACCCGUUGGUUUCGAUGAUGAAAUAUAAAAAUAAGGAAACUUUUUAAAUGAGUGUCAUUCAGAUAAUAAUCUUAAAAUCUUUCUUAUAAAAAUAACAUUCUAUUUAAUUUUUCGCAUACAUUUUUAGUUCAAAUGAGUUAUGUGAUUGCAAAAAAAAAAAUCACUAGCAUUUUGUUUUAAAUUUAUAAUUUCUUUGAAAACGCAAAAAUUUAUUUUUUAUGAUGGAGGUUUUUAUAUGAGUGUCAUAAAAUUUAAAAUGAACUUUUCAAAUUAUGAUUUUAUUCUA